UGAGAACCACUGCUGUAGAAGUUCUUCAAACAGCGCCGUUAUUGUGCUGCUGUAAGCCUUUCUGCUACUCAGCCUUGUUCAGACUUUGUUUUACAUUUUCUUUCAGCCUUUUUUGAUAUAUUCAUCCAUGCAUCUUAACCAGUCAAACUUAAGAUUUUUUCCUAAGACAGAAACAGAUUUAGAAAAUAGGAUUAUCAGAUAUGAUGUUUAAACAAGUGUGAUAUUUAAGAUCCGCCAAAAGUAAAAGAAAAUAGCAAAUCUUGGUCACAGAGCCCUUCUCCCUGGCUCUUCAGCAGGUGAGUCAGGUCUCAGAGCGUUGGGAAGAAUGCCAACUUGAAUGAUCGUCUCUGACUUAAAUUCCAUAGAUGUUUUGAUGUUAAGGCACUUUCAGAAUUGGGAAUGGUGACAAGAAAAGCCAUGUUUUAAAGAAAUUCUUUCCUGUGCACAUCUCCAUUUAAAUUAAUUUUCUUAUAAAGGCCCCUGAAGGAAAGACAAAGGACUGAGUUGUGGGGCUGACACUGUGGGGCUUUGCCGUCCACUGGACAACAGAGGGGAAGGUUCCCCUAGUGUCCAGAGCUGCUCCCACUCUGGGUACCUGGGUGCAUCGUAAUGGACCUCGACCGCCCUGGUGUAGGGGAUGUUGAAAUGUCGGAGGGAGCCACGAAGGAGGCAUGGUGAGGGGACUGAGCCAUAGAGACCCUGUCCUGCGGCUGAGCUGAGUGAGGCAGAGUGAUGGGCGGGUGCUGGAGGGGGAGUCAGGCAGAGUAGUGAGGACGAAAGAAGGACCUCAGCCGGGCCGCCAUGGAGGCACUGCGUCAGUGUACAGGCCAGGAGAGUGGCCUGUUGCACUAUUUCUGAUAUCAAGGGUCACUGGUCACUUAUUGGCCCCCCUCCCCCCCAACCCUUGGUCAAUAGGACUGUUUUGGAAAUCAUUGUUCUCUUUAGUUGGAUGUUACGGUUAAGUGAGAAUUGACCAGGAAGUAGUUUUUGUCUGAAGACUUACUGCAAGUAGAUAUUUUGGGAAAUGUUCCCCUUCCUGUGUCUGUGGAGGAUAAUGAUCACUGUUGUCUCCUUCACCCGGGCGGGCAUCCGUUCUGGUCUGAGCAUCUCUGGGUUAUGUUUUGAUGUGGGGACUGUCUCUUGUUGUCAUGGCACCCCCUGCUGUGUGGCAGGGUAGACACCUGUAGGAAGGACAGUUGUCACCUUUCACUGAAGAGGGAGGGUGUUUGAAAGGUUGUCUUUUCCUAUGAAAUGAGCCUUGGGUGUUGGAUGACUUUCUGUGCCUCCCACCUUGAGAACUUAGGACAGUGCAGCCCCGUGAGACGUGAGGUGGGUGGUGCGCCCGCUCUUUGCUGCCCGUGGACGUGACCCUCACAGGAUCUCUGAGUGUCUGCGUCAGUGCAGGCAGGCCUGGCUCCACGACCCGAUAGUUACCUGAGGUGCUUAAAAGUUUUUAAAAAGAGCAGAAGUUAUUUCCAAAUGGAGGUACAGGAAGCGUGAAAUGUCUGCUCAUCCUUCGUCAGCGUUACCGGGUUGGACACAGUGGGGAGAAUGCUUUCACGGCACGUCCCAGCCCCACUCGCAACUCAGGAUGUCUCGGGGGGAGAGCGCGGUGUUUGCCUAUGAGUCCUCGGUGCACAGCGCCAACGUCCUGCUCAGCCUCGACGACCAGCGCAGGAAGGAUGAGCUGUGCGACGUCACCGUCCUCGUGGAGGGGCGGCCGUUCCGCGCCCACCGCGCCGUGCUGGCCGCCUGCAGCACUUACUUCCAUGCGAGGGUCCUGGGCCAGGCUGACCCGGAGCUCAGCAUUUCUCUCCCAGAAGAGGUGACAGUUAAAGGAUUCGAGCCUUUGCUUCAGUUUGCCUACACGGCUAAGCUGUUUCUGAGUCAGGACAACGUGGAUGACGUGUGCAGGUGUGUGGAGUUUCUAGGCGUCCACGACAUUGAGGAGUCCUGCUUUCAGUUUCUCAGAUUUAAGUCCUCGGACUCCACUGCCAACCAGCAGGAAUGCCCGAGGAAAGCCUGCUUCCCCGCCCACUGCCAGAAAGCAGGCCUCAAGCUUCCACUUCUGGACCAGAGGGAUUUAGAAGUUAAUGAGGUGGAGGAAUUUUUGGAAAAUAAAAAUGUUCAGACUCCUCAAUGUAAACUCCGUGGAUGUCAAGGAAAUACAAAACCGUCACCUCCCCUACAAGACAGUGCCAGUCAGACAUGGGAGUCCAUGUGCCUAGACAAGGGGGCUGCUCUGGCUCUGCCAUCUCUAUGCCCCAAAUACAGAAAAUUCCAGAAAGCGUUUGGGACGGACAGAGUCCGCGCUGUGGAGUCAGGGUUCAAAGACGGUCACACUUCUGUUCCGCCCAGUGAGACGCCUGAAGGCGAGUGUCCGGGAGGAGCCCAGGACUGCGCAGACUUGCAGGUGGUUUUAAAAUGUGAAGAAAGUAACACAGCAGCGGAGCCUGAAGACACCACGGAGGAGCCUGCCUCUCAGUGCCCGUUGGAGCAGACGGGGGCGCCGUUCCUCCACUCUCCCGCGGACCCGCCGGGCCUCUACUCACUGUCCCUCCUGCACACCUACGACCAGUAUGGCGACUUGAACUUGGCUGGUAUGCAACCCACAGCAGUGUUAACCGAAAAGCCGUUGUCAGGCCCAGCUGUUGGAGAAGAGAAGACCUUUGCUGGAAGUGAGGAUUUACUUUUGAAACCGGACUCCAGCCCUCGGGGAGAGGGCGGCCCCGCUCCUGGUGGUCGCAGCAGUGUGGAGCGGGAGGUGGCUGAGCACUUGGCCAAGGGCUUCUGGAGUGACCUCUGCAGCCCAGACGCUCCUGGCCCAGUGCCGCUGUCACCUGCCAGGGCCAACGAUGGGGCAGGACAGGGCCAGUCACAGAAGCGGUCCGAGUGCCCCUGGCUGGGGAUCAGGAUUAGCGAGAGCCCGGAGCCGGGCCAGAGGACUUUCGCAACGUUAAGUUCUGUCAACUGCCCUUUUAUAAGCACUCUGAGCACCGAAGGCCAUGCGAGCAGCUUGGAGACAGCAGCUGACGGUUAUGCCUCGGAGCCCCAGCAGGAACCCUGUCCGUACGCCUGUGUGAUCAGCUUGGGGGACGACUCUGAGACGGACACGGAAGGGGACAGUGAGCCCUGCUCAGCCCGAGAGCAGGAAUGUGAGGUAAAACUGCCAUUUAACGCACAACGGAUCAUCUCCCUCUCUCGGAAUGACUUCCAGUCCUUGCUGAGGAUGCACAAGCUGACUCCAGAACAGCUGGACUGUAUUCACGACAUCCGGAGGAGGAGCAAGAACAGGAUCGCCGCCCAGCGCUGCCGCAAGAGGAAACUCGACUGCAUACAGAACCUGGAGUCGGAAAUCGAGAAGCUGCAGAGUGAGAAGGAGAGCUUGCUGAGAGAGCGAGACCACAUCCUGUCGACGCUGGGUGAGACCAAGCAGAACCUGACCGGACUUUGCCAGCAAGUCUGUAAAGAGGCGGCUCUGAGCCAGGAACAGAUUCAGAUACUCGCCAAGUACUCGGCCUCAGACUGCCCACUUUCGUUUUUAAUUUCGGAAAAGGACAAAAGUACUUCUGAUGGUGCUCUUGUGUUCCCACCAAUUCUGAGUUUACCGGAGGGGCCUCCUGCCACGCCACCUGCUGGGGGCCAAAGCCCCUGCUUCCCCUGCGGGAAGGGCAGUGGGUCGGGCUGCGUUCUGGCUCAGGAGUCUGGGCCGAGCUCCAGGGUGGUCCCGGAGUGCGCGGGGCCCUCGGAGCAGAGCCGGCAGAGCGCAGGCAUCUCCGACUUCUGCCAGCAGAUGACCGACAAAUGCACUACUGACGAGUGAGCCUCAUUCCUCCUUCCAGCCCCCGAGCCUCCUGCUGAAGCUCUGGAGUGUGUCUUGAGCCUCAUCCAGCCAUUGGUCUGCUGACAGGGCUGUUUCCCCUCCGUGGCCGAGAGGGCUUCUCUGAGGCCCCUGAUGCCUCGACUCCACAGAGAUGCAGGGAUGGCGGCUUCCUGGAAAUGGAGAAGUUCCAUCGAACACGUCGUGAGGCUUUUAUUCUGUUUCAAAGAAUAAUAACUGUUAGUAGCAACUCUCCCCCUCAUUCAAAAUGCCAGAAUGUGGACUAGCCUGUCCAGCAGCCGUGUAACUGCAGGCGCCUACAGGGUUCCCCGAGGAAGGGCCUAGGGAGUCAGCAGCCUGCCCUGCCUGCGUGUGCUGAGAGCCUGGCCCCAAGAGCUGAUGGGCUGCGCACAGUGGGGCAGCUGCUUGGGAUGCCAGAAGCCUGGAGCUUGGCUCCUCAGCUCCUGCUAAAACCAGGGGUGGGUGGCCUACCACUGUGACCUUAAGCUCCCAGGGACCUUGGGGAGCUGGGGCAGGCGGGUGGCCCAAGGCAGAGGCUCUGGCCUUGUCGUGUGGCUAUUAGGGGCUGUGGUCAUGGCAGCGGGUAAGAGCUACGCUUCUCUCCUCAGUCUACCCAGCUGGUCCUUGAGGUCUCUGCCUCCUGACGUUCUGUCCCUUUGCGGGAGGGAAAUGGGUGUUGGAUUCAGGCAGUGUUGCCUUCAGCUUCUUGGACCCCAAGGGCUUGCCUGCCCCCCACAGCGCAGUGCCCUGCAGAGCCCGACGUCUGGGCAGAGGGCCACCUGCAGGACUAGGAGAGGCAGGCACUUUGAUCUGGUUUUGAAAUCCUAUGGUUUACUUGUAAAAAGUAUUAUUGUAGAUUUAAAAGAUGCCUCUAGAA